UGCCGCCCAUCGUUUAUAGAUGAUAACAUCAAAAACUGCCUGCUCUAUCCAUAGAUAAUUCUCAAGUCGGCUGACAAACUGUCUCUCACACAAAAUCUCUCUGUUUCUUUCGUUUCUGCAGGUACCAAGCACAGCUCUUUUCGCGGCCAUCCAGGCAAAUAUCACAUGAACUUAGAGGCCCUGCUGCAGUCGCGUCCAUUACCUCACAUUCCGGCCGGAAGCACGGCGGCCUCUCUUCUGGCGGAUGCGGCGGAGCACCUGCAGCAUCAGCAGGAUUCGGGUGGACUGGGCGGACUGCAGGGCUCCUCGAUGGGCGGUGGCCACAGCUCGACCACUUCGGUAUUUGAAUCCGCCCACCGUUGGACCUCCAAGGAGAACCUAUUGGCCCCCGGACCCGAGGAGGAUGAUCCGCAGCUGUUUGUGGCCCUGUACGAUUUCCAGGCCGGCGGCGAGAAUCAAUUGAGCCUGAAGAAGGGCGAGCAGGUUCGCAUCCUGAGCUACAACAAAUCGGGGGAGUGGUGCGAGGCGCACUCGGACUCCGGCAACGUGGGCUGGGUGCCCUCCAACUAUGUGACUCCGCUGAAUUCGCUGGAAAAGCACUCCUGGUACCAUGGACCCAUCUCGCGCAAUGCCGCCGAGUAUCUGCUGAGUUCGGGGAUCAACGGAAGCUUCCUGGUCCGCGAAAGCGAGAGCUCACCGGGUCAGAGGAGCAUCAGUCUGAGGUGAG